AUGGAUCGUCCAGUCAAAAGACAGCGAGUAUCGGAGCAUAAACAGGAAGAUACUAUUGUCGACCCUGCUACUGUAAACACAGAAUCUCUAGCAUCGCUCAGCAGGUCCAUCACGCCGCCUUUAAGGCUUCGAGCGGGAUCUCAACAACAGCCAUCAAGGGAUGUUCCAAGUAUAUUAGGCGCUGAACAUUUUGAAACCCAAUCGGUUUCCAAAAUAUAUGAUAAUGAGGAAUCCGAUUCUUAUGAGCGACAACCUCGCGUUCUACGUUCGCCUGUUCAGCUCAGUCAUAUUCGAGAUCUACCUCACUCUUCGGGCAACAAUGUCGACACAAUCCAGUUACGGGACAUCCUCGGGGAUCCUUUGAUCCGCGAAUGCUGGCAAUUCAACUAUUGUUUCGACGUCGACUUUAUUAUGAGACAGUUCGACGAGGAUGUCAGGAAUAUCGUGAAAGUCAAAAUAGUUCAUGGCUCAUGGAAAAAGGAUUCUCCCAACCGUAUCGGAAUUGACGAAGCAUGCACCCGCUAUCCCAAUACCGAAGCUAUCACAGCUUAUAUGCCCGAGCCCUUUGGAACCCAUCACUCCAAAAUGAUGGUCCUUCUCCGCCAUGAUGACCUAGCACAGGUUAUUAUUCAUACAGCCAACAUGAUCCCAGGUGACUGGGAAAAUAUGACUCAAGCUAUUUGGCGAUCGCCACUACUACCGCUAGCCUCGCCUGCAACAACUCUCAAAACUAAAGUGUCCCCUACAUUCGGUAGUGGGGAGAGGUUCAAACGAGACUUGAUUGCUUACCUCAACUGCUAUGGAAGUAGGAAGACUGGCUCCCUCGUUUCCCAACUCAAGAAAUGUGAUUUCACAUCUGUUCGUGCUGCAUUGAUAGCAAGUGUGCCUUCAAAGGAGAAGCUUUGCAACAUAGAUUCGACAAAAUCGACGAUAUGGGGCUGGCCUGCAUUGAAAGAUACAAUCCGUCAAGUUCCACUCAAGUCUACAGAGGGUAACUCAAAUCCACAUAUUGUUAUACAAGUUUCGUCGAUCGCUACUCUAGGACAGACGGAUAAAUGGCUAAAAGAAGCCUUGUUCUCUUCAUUAAGUCCGGUAUCAGCCUCAUCUUCGCCGGGUAUAUCAGACAAAACGAAAUAUUCAAUCAUAUUUCCCACGCCAGACGAAAUCCGAAGGUCUUUACAUGGUUACGCCUCAGGAGGCUCCAUCCAUAUGAAGCUGCAAAGUGCUGCUCAGAAGAGACAGCUUCAAUACCUACGCCCAUUUUUCUGUCACUGGGCUGGCGAUCAAGACAAUCCCACCAAUGUUCGCAACGCCACGCUGCCCAAGCGAGAAGCGGGUCGUCGGCGUGCAGCACCACAUAUUAAAACCUACAUCCGGUUCUCGGAUCAGACUACAAUGGAUCGCAUUGACUGGGCCAUGGUGACCUCCGCAAACCUCUCAACACAGGCCUGGGGUUCAACGGUGAACGCAAAUGGAGAAGUGCGAGUAUGCAGCUGGGAGAUUGGGGUCAUUCUAUGGCCAGGGCUGAUUGCCGACAAUCCCAAGAAUACAGCUCGCAACAACCAUGCGGAGAUGAUACCCUGCUUCAAGAAAGAUACUCCAAUCUGGUCUUCUUCUAUCGACAGCGAUGUCCCGCUUGUGGGUUUUAGAAUGCCUUAUGAUCUACCGUUAACGCCGUAUAAUGCGCACGAUGUGCCUUGGUGCGCGACGACAAGUCAUCUAGAGCCGGACUGGUUAGGGCAGACCUGGACGGUGUGA